AAUAUCUUAUUUAAUAAAAUGUGUUUUAAAUUAAUAUUAAUUUGUGUAUUAUUGUCGACAUUUAAUACUGUUUUUAGUUCAAUUGAAACUGAAUUAAACUCAGAUGAAUGUAACGCCAAUUUAGUGGAGACAAUACCUAUUGGUCUGACAUAUAACUCAAGUAUUACAACUAAAGACACUUUCAAAGAGAUGAUUGCAUUGAUUUCAAGCGCUACCACAACACUAGACAUCGCAUCGUUUUAUUGGUCACUAUUAGGAACAGAUGUGAUGCCACAUCCGGACAAUUCAAGCAUUAAAGGUAAAGAAAUAUUGGACACAAUAGUGACGACAACGAGAAGACGAGACUUAAUAACUCGUAUUGUUGUCAAUCAGACGACAACAAACAAUACAGAUCUACAACUUCUGGCUUCUGUAGCAAACAUACGUCAACUAAACUUUACAAGACUUAUAGGCGCCGGUGUUUUGCACACAAAGUUUAUAAUUGUUGACCAAAAACAUGUUUAUAUCGGUAGCGCUAAUAUGGACUGGAGAUCACUAACUCAUGUCAAGGAAAUGGGUGUUGUUUUAUAUAAUUGUUCAGUUUUAGCAAACGAUUUGAUCAAAAUAUUUCAGGUAUACUGGUAUUUGGGAACAACAAAUGCAACGAUUCCCAAGAGUUGGCCACAAGACUGGUCCACAAACUAUAAUAAAAGUAAUCCACUUUCACUUUCAAUCAAUGAGAAGCCUUAUAAUGUAUUUAUGUCUUCAUCUCCAAAAUCUUUUUGUCCAAAUGGUCGCACAAAUGAUAUUUCAGCCAUUUUAUCAAUCAUAAGAAAUGCCAAUAAAUAUAUAUAUAUAGCUGUAAUGGAUUAUUAUCCACAAUAUCUAUACUCUAACUAUAGGGCCUUUUGGCCACUAAUCGAUAAUGAGUUGAGGAAAGCAGUGAUUGACCGCAAAGUCAACGUCCGAUUAUUGGCCAGUCAUUGGAAUAAUACCCGUAAAUCAAUGCCUUUGUUUUUAAAAUCUUUGGCAGCUUUUAAUGACAGCUCUGUAUUUGGGGCUCACAUUGAAUGCAAACUAUUUGUUGUUCCGGCGUUUACACCACAACAGGCAGACAUACCUUUUGCUAGAGUUAAUCACAACAAAUAUAUGGUAACCGAUCAAACAGCAUAUAUCGGUACAUCCAACUGGUCUGCAGACUAUUUUGUCAACACAGCCGGUGUUGGCAUUGCUAUUACACCCACAAACUCAAGUCACUAUAGUAUUAGAGAUCAAUUACAAGAAAUUUUUGAAAGAGAUUGGAAUUCGAGUUAUGCUAACAUUUAUAAGUUUUGA